ACAAACUUCUUCCACUCAUCCCUGCAGUAUGCUCAUAAGGAACCCACAGCCCAUUCCAGGGCACUGCUUUGGAGCAGAAGCCUGUAAUGCACGUCUCUGUGCCGUGGAUGCCUCUUUAGCCCUGUGGGACAGAUUCCACAGAGAAUUGGGUGCUUGUUCCUGGAAACAGAGCCUACAAAUUCUCUCUUCCUGAGGGGCAAAACUAGGCUGGAACAGGAGGAGAUCCUAUGGGAGGGAGUUUCCUCCAGAGGAAAGGUGAGCACUGCAGAAUGACAGCUGAAUGCAGUCAUCUGGGAAGGAGUGAAGAGGGGAGGCAGCUCCGAUCACCCCCUUCUUAGAGGGAUCUCCAGCUGCCCCUGGCUAUUCAGGCUCCAUUAUGGCAGCAGCUCUGUUGAUCCUGGCAGCCAUGCAGUAACCCAGUGGCAUGUGUUCAUUUGUUGCUGCGGGGAAUCAGCAGCAACAUUGACUGAAAAAGGCAAUGCAAGCCCUGCCAGCAAUUCUGCUGUGAGCUCCCUAUAGCAGUGCCAGAGGUGUGUCCAGAAGGGCUCCAGAGGAGAAGGACUUGUGGGCCUGGGAGCACAGCUGUGGGGCAGCGGAGAGAGAGACAGAGUCCUGAAGAGCCGCAACCCAAGGAAGCUGGAUCCUGGAGAUCUUGGCUCAGUGAUGUGGCUGUUUGGAGGCAGCCUUCUGCUUCUCCUGCAAUAGCAAUGCUAGUGCACCCACACAGCUGGAGUGAGGAGCUCUCGAUCAGCACAGGAAUGAAUCCUGAGCUCCUUGGCUCAGCUUAGUGGUGCUGGUGGCUAUGGAGUGACCGGUGCAGGUGGUGCUUUGGGUGCACAGCAGGAGUCCGGAGCUGGCUGCCCAGGCCCGGAUGCUCCCUGUCCUCGUGCUCUUUGCAGCUUGAGCGUCUCACCUCUGCCAUGAAUGAUGCAUCGACGAUGGAUUAUGAACUGCUGUCCCCGUCCUUGGUUGAGCACCCAGCCAGCACUGCGGGCAUGGAUGCCGAGCAGAAAACCGUCUUUGCCUUUGUCAUCUUCCUCCUCGUCUUCUUGGUGAUGCUGAUGGUGCGCUGCUUUCGCAUCCUGCUGGACCCCUACAGCCGCAUGCCUGCCUCCUCCUGGACUGACCACAAGGAGGGGUUGGAGAGGGGCCAGUUUGACUACGCCUUGGUGUAGAGGGCAGGGAUGGGGCGAGCCUGGGUGCUCCGAGUGCCUCCCGCCCCAGCUGGCCCCGGCCCCGGCCCCCCCUUCCUCUGUGGUGUUGCCCCGGGCCAGCAGGGAUGCCGUGGGCAGGGAGGCGAGGUCGGGUUCUUGUCUGGGGUGGGUUUUCUAGGGGUUUCUCUCUUUUCUAAGCACUUUUCAGUUCUCUUCGCAGCCUGCAGCACUCUUGGCAAAAUACAUCAGAGAGGUGACGUGACUCCCCACGGGUGUCGCUGCCCACCGUGCCCUGGAGCAAUGCUGCGUGCCGCAGUGAGGGGCGGGAGGCAACGGGGCAGGGCAUGGCAGGACCUGCCCUCGGCCACGACCCCCACGGCUCCUGGUCUGGGCAGCUCUGCCCUGCACCAGGCUGGGUGUUGGACCCCUACCUGCUCCUGCCUCCCGCAUCACCUCUGUCUGUGUCCUCUGGGGAGUGCUGACCGUGGCCCAGUGUGUGUGCGUGUGUGUGUUUCCCUGUAGCUGAGCUUUGUCUGUGAGGGGGUUUAUAGGCACCUGACCCAAGUGUUGGCUUUGUUCCUCUCUGUGUGGCAGCCUCAAAGUGCACCCCACAAGUAAAGGGGAGAUGGAGACCCCAUGUGCAACACCCUUCUGCCCUGCAGCCCACUCUCCGCUUUACACCAUCAUGACUGCUCCCUGCCGAACUGGUGGAAAUGGUCUGAGCAAGGUGCAGUGAUGCAGUCACUUGUAGGCCUGCCUGGGAGCCCUGUGGGGAACCCUGCAGGGAUCUGAAGUCCCCAUGCAGCAUUUGGGAGAUGACUCUCAUCCAGCCCAGGCCUGGCAGUACCCAGCAGUGCCUCACUCUGCACGUGGCUGCUCCAGCAGGACCUGGGCAGCCUGGGCGUGCUCCUACAUCUGCCUAGCAGAAGGGCUGUGUAAAUGAGGGGAACUAUGGCUGUCCCCAUAGUGGGGGAACCUGGCUGUGGGAACUGUGACUCUUUAGGGGUGCUGCAGCUGGCCACAGGGCCAGCCUGCAAAAGCUGUGGUGGGGUAUGGCUGUGGGCUGGCAAGUUGUGUGUUAAGGGAUCUGAGCCCAUGGGGGAGAACUUCCUCCUGCUCCAUGGAAAUAAAGCUGCACUGUGCUAACCCCA